UAAUUUGACUUGGCAAGUCAUUAACACUUUGGGAUUAAUUUGCAUCGAUCUCGAUAUCAAGUAUUAACUCAGAAAGCCAAGUUUCACCACAUAAUCAUGAAUGUUUGAAAUUUUCGUCAGAGGGAUGUGAAGCCUGCAUGUCUUGCGUGAUUAUCACCCAAUCCUUUGACAAUUACAGUGAGUACUUGAUUGGUUUAGAGACUCGCACCGUCCAACACGCUCAUGGCGUUCAGCUGUCCCUUGAUUGUACAUGGGAAACGAGUUGUCACGAUGCAACCCGCAGCAAAUCGUGUUUGAUAUACGCUUCACGCUUCAACCAUGCAGUAAAUGCGUCGAAACUAAACAGCGCUGGGCCUUCGUUAGAAAGUAAUAUUUCCUGUGUAUUGGCGCAUAUACGGAACGUGCAUAAGGCUAUGUAUGUACCUAAUAAAACAAUCAAUUUGUUUUCACCGUCAUUUAUGUUAAUUAUAAGAUGACAGCUUCCCCCAGGGGAUUGUCAUUAAGGUGCAAUAUGGAUUUUGCCACUCGUGGCUCGUGAACUUUUUCGUGAUGUUAGCACAGUCGCCUUGGAUUUUAGACCAAACGUGGCAAAAACGUAAAUUCAUAGCAAGCUGACGUGACAUCAUGGCAUUAGCCAACAGGAAAUUCAUUCGUGUACAAUCUCGACAAUCUUGAAACUCGAUAUGUAGAUUUUAAACAUCGAGAGGCUUUCGCCGGAUAGUAGUUUCGAACCAGGCGUCACUGCAGGAGGAUAUUACAGCGAGCAGAAGUAAAAGAACGAUUGAUAGGCCAGGGCUAUUUGGAACUAUAUUUGAAUAAUGUGUUUCUGGUUAUAUUUAUUACAAUUUGAAGAUCGUCAACAAUGAAGGAGAACUCGUGGGGAAGACAAGCAAUAUUGGAAUGCCACUUCUCAAAGGCAGAUUCAGAACAAUAACAUUAGAACCUUCUAUUCAUAACAAGACAACGAACACUUUGCCAGAGGAAGACGUGAAUCAAGAAGAAAGCCAAAGCGACGAAAAGGGAAUCAUGCCGCCAUAUCUAUCGACUUUGAAAUACCAGCUGAAGGAUUUCGAUGCCGAAGCGAUUCGGCAGUCGGACUAUUUAGAAGAAGGGAUCGAAUACACGUCACUUCCAGCACACAGAACCAAAGGAGCGCAAAGCAUUACCUUACCCUUGAAUAUGCCUGUUGUUGAGAGCGAAAAACUGUGCUUUCGACGUAAAAGCGAUAAUUCGCCCAAUUUCAAGCACAAGGUGCAUAGUUCAAAUGCAGACGAUUCUAAAGUUUCGCUUCUUGGGUCACACACAGAUGCUGAACAAAAUACAGCCAGCGGACGUGUGGACAACUUGAGUGAUAUGUGUCCAACUUCAGAGAAAUGGCUCAACGACAUCGAUAAACUAACAAGCUUUAAAGCUAAGCACAGACUUGAAAUCUUCUCCAAAGAAAAGAAGGAAAUGGUUAGAGAAUGGACAUCGACUCCUAAGAAAUUUUACAAGUGUAUUUUGAAAUGUAGACAAAAGCAAUUAGCUUGUAAUGGUUAUCGAGUCACAAAGCGUGAACAGGGCUCCACAGUUAAAAAGAUUUCUUUUCCCGCCGAUGUUCUCUUAUUUUCAGCUAUCGAAGAAAACGCGUCUAAAGAAUUGAUCGAAAUAAUCAGAACCCACAGGGUCGAUGUGAAUUUGUGUAAAAACGCUCGUGGACUUCCUCCGCUUCAUCGCGCUGUACAGCGCGGAGCAGUUGAUUGUGUGCGCGUUUUACUGUCUCAUGCGGCUGACAUUAACCUAAGAGACUCCACAAAUCGCUCCGCUAUCAAUUUAGCGAUUUCGAUGCGCCAAUUCGAGUGUAUUGUGCUUUUAAUCGAGUCAGGAGCAAGCGUAGAGGAAUACACGCAACAAUGCGUGCAGGAGUACGAAGAUGCUUUGGUUUUAUCAAAGAGUUGUUAUCGCUCUUUUGAAGUCAAUGUCUGAAGGACUAAGAUCUCCUCAAGCAUGACCAUCCGGCUGGUUAAAAGGCCAUAUUGUCCAAUAUCAGGUUGAAAUGGCAUGAACGCGCGUUUGAAAUCAAUGAGAAAUAAAACCAAGGCUUCGUAGUAUGGUUUUCUGGUCUCAGUAUUUCAGAGACGACAGAGAGCGAAUUUUGAAAGUAAUUUACCCUCACAAAGAAAAUAAUCGAGUUUUCUGUAUUAUUGAAAAUAAUAAAAAUUUAGUCAAACAAACGGUUGUUCCUUAA